AUGUUCCCCUCGUCAGCGGCGAUGCUGAAGAAUCUGCAGCAGAGUGCCAUGACCUCGCCCUUCCUGAUGGAGAACCUGCUCCAGAGCAAGGCGUCACCGGGGACGGAUCUCACCAGCCUGACCUUGAACUGGGCGGCGAGUCUGGUAGCGCGACAGCGCGAGAGAGAGUGCGAGGCGAGUCUCAGACUCGUGCGGGACCGUUCCUCCCCCAACGAUCUCGUCCAGGACCACCUGGACCAACGAUCCGGCCCGCUCGGCGGACGCGAUCGCAUUAUGAUCGAUUGCGGCGGCAGGGAUCAGCAGAGGUCCAGCGGCGGCGUUAGAUCCGGCGAGCGGCCGCACGACCGGAUGCAGCUCCUUCACCGUGAGAAGGACGUCCUGGACCGGAGUCAGGGCGUGUAUGUCGAUAUGGAGAACGAGAGGAUGGACGGCCCGGUGAUGGUGGACCGGCUGUGCGCGAUGGAGAGGCUCUGCAACGAGAGGAUCGACAAUCGAUCCAAUUCCGGCGUCGAGUCGUGCAACUCGAAUGUGGACGAGGACCCGAUGCCGGGCGCGGAGCUGGACGGCGGUCUUCAGCCGGCCGACAGGGAUGAGAUGGUGCUGGGCGAGCGCGUCUCCGCGAUCGAGAUAGACAGACGGUACGACCUUGGAUGCAGAAACGUCAUGCACACGUCCGAUGAGAUGACGAUCGUGUCGGGGGAGAGGGAGGCGGCGGUGACGGCGGCGGCGACGGCGGUCGAGCGUGCCGUCGACAGAAUAGGCGAGAGGACCACCGCCUGUUCCUGCGGCGACGAGCAGUGCUCUGGACCGGCGUGCAGGACCAUCCAGGAGAAGGAGAAGCCGCAGCUCAAGUUCAGCGUUAGCGCCAUACUCGGCGGUAAUCAUGACAGGAGGCCGCAUCCCGAUAAUUUUCAAGGGCUCCCGCCGGAAGCGAUACCCGCCUUCUUGCAAAAUUUGCAAAAUUCGGCUGGCUACAAUAUCGCCAAGCCGAUUGCGAGGCCGGCGGCUUAUCAUCCUUACCACAGGCCGAGUCAUCAACCUCCUCAACGGCACUUACCACCGAACGCUCAUCACACGCUGCAACAACUGUUCUACAGGGGUCCAUACUUGACAG